AUGAACGGAGGGAUGCACGUGAACGGAGACUCGGACAGCCAGGCCGGUCCUUCAUCGUCAUCGUCGUCUUCUGCGACAGGCCGCGAUGGACCAGGGCCAGACCCAACACUACACAUGGAUUCCUACUCGCUCGACGAACUGCCAGAGCUUAUCGAGCAGCAGCCUACAAUCCAGGCUGAAAUCCGCACCACGGUUUCUCCCAGCGAACUCCACUCGCUCUCGCCCCACCCCAUUCCCCUCGACACCGACGGCCGACCGAUGCACAGCCCCGACACUCUCGACGACGGCCUCGGCAUGGCUGUCGAUGCACACAUGGGCGAGGGGGAAGACGACUGGGCCCCGGCGGAGGAGUGGGCUACCGCCGAGAUGCGCCGAGUCAAGGUAUACGAGCUCAAGGGCGCGUGCUGGAAUGACCGUGGCACGGGCAUGUGUUCCGCAGACUAUGACGAUACAACAGAAAAGGCGGUCAUUCUGGUGAAAAGCGAAUUCACAGACGUAGAGCUCUUGCGCUGUGAGAUUCAGGCCCAGGACGUAUACCAGCGCCAACAGGGCGAGCAGGGUGACCUCGGUCAGACCCUAAUCGUAUGGACCGAACCCAACGGCACCGACUUUGCUCUCAGCUUCCAAGACCUCGACGGUUGUGGUGAAAUAUGGGACUUUAUUCAAGAGGUCCAGCGCCAUUUGCGAGGCAAACAGGACCCAACAUCCUCAUCUCCUCCCUCUACCCCCAAAGUAUCUCUCGAGCGUCGUUUUGCACAAUCUUUCAUGCAGGCCGGCCAAAUUCCGCCUCCGGAAUUCAACAACAUAGGUGACAUUGACCGAGCAAUCAAGUUCCUGUCCAAGAACCCGGCGUUGAAGGAGAAGAUUUGCGAGACCCUAGUGUAUCAGAAAUUCAUUUGCUCACUCAUAGAGUUAUUCUGUGAGGCGGAACGAUCCGAGUCUUUACAGCAUUUGCACACACUAUGCAGAAUCAUGCAGACAAUCAUUAUGCUUAAUGAACACCCCAUGUAUGAACACAUGUUGUCAGAUGAAAUAUUCCCCGGCGUCCUUGGCAUGUUAGAAUAUGAUCCCGAGUUUCCCGACCACAAGGCAUCCUACCGGCAUUUCCUAUCCUAUGUAGCCCACUACCGCGAGGCAGUCCCAAUUCGAGAUAGCGUUGUACGCAAAAAGAUUCACCAAACAUACCGCCUGCUAUUCCUUAAGGAUGUUGUCUUGGCGAGGAUGCUGGAUGAUCCCACAUUCAACAUUCUCAAUUCGUUUAUUAUCUUCAACCAAAUGGAUAUUGUCACUCACUUUCAGCAUGAGGAGACCAUUUUGCCCAGGAUGUUCUCAGCGUUCCCCCGGCUGUUUACCAAGGACGGAAAAUCGAGCUUGGAGACGCACGAAGAUCCCACAAACAUCCCAUCCGACUUUCAGCCUCAACUUAAUGGUGCUGGGAAUUCCUCACCAGUCAUUGGGCCCAUGCCCUCACCCGACUAUUCCGCUAUUUCCUCCGACCAAGACACGCGGCGGAAGGACAUUAUUCGCAUGACCCACCAGCUUUGUUCUACCGCCAAGAACGUCCAGGUCACCACUCGAUUCGCGUUGUACAGACUACUCGUCGAUCGAGGUGUGCUCUACGCCAUCCAAUGGGCAUUUUCUGUCCAUAAUCCCAAUCCGGACAUGGUCUCGGUACAGCAUCUAUGUGGCGAUAUCUUGUUGAGCGUAAUGGAAUAUGACCCACACGGCGUGAGACAAAAUAUUCUGCAACACUCGGAAGCUGGGGUGCGAACAUUAUUGGAGCAGAUGAUCGCAACAAUGGGUUCGACCAAGGAUCUGGCCUUGCGGAGCCAAAUUUCAGAUGCACUUAGGGUAUUAUUGGAGGUACAGGGCGCAGGGGGUGACAUGUCUGUGGGCGAGCGAUCUGGUGUUUCUGCCGCUGCCAAGGCCGCAAUGGGCCGACGAGAAGAUCCAGCGACGGAACGAUUCCUGCAAUACUUUUACGAGCAGUGCAUUAUUUCGCUUUAUAAGCCCGUUCUGGCCCUCCCGGACUUUACGGCCUUGCAAGGCAGGGGCUGCUUUGAACGCACCCAAGGAGCACAUGGCACAAUUUCUGUUCUUUUUUACAUUUGCGCUUCGAAUAUCGCGCUCAAACUGGCCUCGCUGCUCUCGUCGCGGGAAAAGCAUGUUCGUCUUGCCGCAUUGCGUGUAUUCCGAGCUUGUUUCAGGACACCUAAUCAGUUUGUCACGCGACAUCUGAUUAAGCAAGAUGUCGUGCUUCCUAUCAUCGAAUUAACGGCGCGGGAGUCGAGGCGAGAUAACAUGCUCAGCUCGACCUGUCAAGAGUUUUUCGAAUAUAUCCGUCGGGAGAAUCUUCGUCUUGUGAUCGACUAUAUGAUAGACAAACACGAGGCCCGGGUCCGAGAAUUGGCGAAACAUCCAAUGGUCGGUAUGCGCUUUGCGGGGAUUAUUUUAAGAUGGGAGCAGAACCAUGAAGAGCCGCCGUCGACAGAGUCGGUCGCCAAUUCGACAAAUGGCAACAGCACACGACGAUGGGGUUCCGGCCGACACAUGGACUCGGAGGAAGAAGAUUACUUCAACGGCGCAGACGACGAGACGACCGAAGUUCCACUGAAAUGGGCACCAGUUCAAGUGCCGCCCGUGAACCAGCUGAAGCGAAAGCGGGCGCGCGUUGCACUGGGAGCGGGUGCACGACUACUGGGUCUAUCCGGAUACGAAGACGAAGGGGAAGGGGAAGAGGAGGACGAAGAUAUGAACGCCAACGCGGACGGCACACUCGGGUUCCAAAAUGUGCUUUCUCCCUCGCCCAUGUCGGUCGAUGCUGUGUCUUCACCGAAAGAUUCUUCAUCUUCAAGUGGGUCGCCCGGAAGUCUGGAACGUGAACGCAAGUUGACUCGGUCUGCAGCGUUUAUUGCUGAUAGCCCGACCGCGGCUCGGCUUGCCGAUAUGCAGUCGGACUCUGUCGGUAAUUCAGAUCAGAUGGAUACGUUCCCGACGUUGUUGGAAGGCGGGCCACCGCCUCUGGCGCAGCUCCGCGCCGAGAAGCGGCGAAGAGAGGAAGAAGAAGACGAGUUGCUGGCUCUGUACAGCAACGGCAAGCGUGCUGAAGGUUCGAAAGCGAGUGCGAAUGGGCCCGGUGCAGGACAAGGACCUGAUGUCGAAGAGGACACGUUCCCGCUGGCUGGGAAGGCGGGCGCACCAGAGGGUGGAACUAAAAAGAUCAAGCUGAGCCUGGGCAAGGGGGCUGCGGCCGUAGCAGCCGGUUCGCCAGCACCGUCCAUGUCCCCGACCCCAACGAGUAGCUCAACGCCGCCGUCGACGGAUAGCGGAGGUGGUUAG